UGCGCUUACCCAAACCCCAGCGCACAUAUUCCAGGCCGGCGCGUAAACUAGUCAUCCUCCACCUUCAUAUACACCCUCCCAUUUUCCAUCUUCACCACCAUUUGGCAUUUCCAUAAUUACCUCAAUUUUCAACUUCAUCAAUCUAUGGAUAUCUUUUCAUACUUCACAACAUCUGACAAGAUUAGUUUUGAGGAUGAUGAGUUUGAAGAUGCGGGAGAAGGAACUGCUCUUGCUCUGAUUGCGGAUGCGUUUGAGGAAAUUGCGGAUUCGAUUAAGAAGGGGAACAAGAAGGAUGUUUUGUUUGAGUUGGAUUUGAAGCCGUUUUGCGAGGCGUGUUCUUUGGUCUCUAUAUUGUUUGGUUCGCUCGGUAUCGCUUUUAAAUUUGCGGAAAUGGAAUACACAUCUAAGGUCAAUGAUCUUGCGGAUGCAGCAAGUGUUUACGGCACUUUGAGUAAAGUAAUCGAUUACGAUGUGAAAGCCGACACAGUGCAAGCAGCCGAAAGCCUGACUCGCAAGCUUCGCAGAGUUAGGCAGGGUCUUGAUCUCAUUAGAGAGCUGUUUCAAAACUUUUUGUCUACAGAUGAUUACUCAUUGAAAGAAGCAGCUUCAUCUGCUUAUAAACAAGUUUGUGCACCAUACCACACAUGGGCCGUCAGAACCGCGGUUUCUGCUGGAAUGUGUGCUCUUCCAACAAGAGAUCAACUUUUGUUGAAUCUCAAUGAAACUGAUGAAUCGGCUGAGAAUGAAAUGAGGAGGUAUAUAAAGGCGUCACUUCCGGUUAUAAAGUAUAUUGAUAAUUUGUUCACUGCAAGGGGCAUCACAUUGGAUUGGUGAUGUUGUUAUAUAAGAUCUCUUAUGUUUGUUUUAUGCUUUCAAGGUGUGUUGUUCUUAAUUCAAUUUGUAUAUUGCCCAUUCUUUAAUAGGGUUAGGUAAAUUGUGUUAGAAUUAGCUAGCUUUUGUAUCACCAUUUUGAAUUCUUGGAAUAUUUCCAUAUUUGUUCAAGAAAAGAAUCACUACCCAUAUGUAUUUAUGAUUUUGGUUAUUA